AUGUCGCGCAAGAAGGCGGCUCGCAGCAAGGGCGGCGGUGCCGCGCCCUCCGCCGCGCUGCCUCCCGCCGCGCAGGGCACCGGCCGCUCCGCCGCCGCCGCCCCCCGGGGCAGCUCCGCCGCCGCCGCCGCCGCCGCGGCCCCCGAGGUGCCCCGCAACGGCGGUGCGGCGGCGGCCGGGCGGCCCUCGCUGAGCAGCAGCGGAGAGUUCUACGACCUCGCCUUCAAGGUGAUGCUGGUGGGCGACUCGGGGGUCGGCAAGACCUGCCUGCUGGUGCGCUUCAAGGACGGCGCCUUCCUGGCCGGCAGCUUCAUCUCCACGGUGGGAAUCGACUUCAGGAACAAGGUGCUGACAGUGGAUGGGGUGAAGGUGAAGCUGCAGAUCUGGGACACGGCCGGUCAGGAGCGCUUCCGCAGCGUCACCCACGCCUACUACCGGGAUGCCCACGCCCUGCUCCUGCUCUACGAUGUCACCAACAAAGCGUCCUUUGACAACAUCCAGGCUUGGCUGACAGAGAUCCAUGAAUAUGCACAGCAGGAUGUGGUCCUCAUGUUACUGGGAAACAAGGUGGAUUCAGCCCAGGACAGAGUGGUGAAAAGGGAAGAUGGAGAGAAGCUUGCCAAGGAGUACGGAGUGCCCUUCAUGGAGACCAGUGCCAAGAGCGGCCUCAACGUGGAAUUAGCGUUCACAGCCAUCGCCAAGGAGCUGAAGCACAGGUCCAUGAAGCUGCCCAACGAGCCCAAAUUCAAGCUCCACGACUACGUGAAGAAGGAAGUGCGAGGCUCGGGCUGCUGCAGGUCCUAACGUGCGUUUGUACAGAGACUCAGGCCCGUGGGCAGUGUGUGCAUGUCUGUCUGUCUGUCGUGUCUGUGUCUGCCCCGAAGGCCAGCUGAGAGCAGGGCACAGGAGCAGCAGGAAAAGCUCUCUCGGAUUCUGCAGCCCCGUCGCAUCCAUCGGCUCCGGCUCCCCUCGCCAGCAUUCCUGCCCUGCUCACAGGUGGGAGGUGGGUGUUUGGGAAGGGGCUGGGGUCUCCUUCUGUGCCUGCUCUGUGAGGCUGCUGUAACCUUUGUGAGAGCCAGGGUGUGACACAGGGGAACCAACAGCUUCUCCCCACCUAGGAGGAAAAAGGUCCUGAUUUUUUUCUGGGUAGGAGAACGUCCUGAAUUCCCUUUUCAUUCCCUGUGUACCUGGAAUUCGGCUGAGAGCCCUGGCCUGGGGCGUGCAGGAAGGAUGUGUUUGAAGGCAGCCAUUCUUGUAGUUGCUUUCUCCUGUCUGUCCAUCCCUGUGAGGUGGGACAAGCUUCCACAGUGAGGGAUUCUCCUGUUCCCUGCAAAGGCUGAGCUUGGCUGUCCGAGUGAGCUCCUGCACACCUGGCUGCGUACAGAGAUUUCUGAAUGUUCAUCCCUUUGGGAAAGGCUCUGCUUCUCCCCCUUCCGCCCUUUCUAGUACUUUGAGAAGAAACCUAAUGCAUUGCAGCUUAUUCUAAAUACCUCCCUGUAAGUGUGAUGGUGUUUUCAAACUGCAACAACGCUUUGAUAUCUUCAAAGUUCUCUUGGGCAGCUCUCUCUUUUCACCGCAGAGAGCUGGGGGGAAGCUGCAGGCAGUGAUUUUACAGGCUGCAGACUCUUGCCAGCUCUCUUCAAGGGCCUCCUCACCCCUUUGGUCUGUGUCAGGCUUUUGGCUGGUUUUUUUUUUUUGUCAAGCUGCACUUCUCAGUACAAAUCUGAAUCUGGAUGAAGCGUUUGGCCUUUGGCAAUUUUUCCCUUUGAAAACUCCACGCGCACAUCAGCAGGUGCCCGCUGUGCCCAGCCUCAGUGGCUCCUCCAAAUGAAACAGAAUAACCCAUCCUUUGCCCUCCAGACAGCACCAGCUCCCACAGCUGCUGACUCAGAUGCUCCUGCCCCUCAUUUUUCCUGGGAUUUUGGCUCCAGCACCACCUUCCCAAUGGGCACAAGGAGCCUCUGCAGCUCCCACGUGCUCUGAGCUUCACAGGGUGAAAAAAGGAUCUUAAAAUGAACUAUUUAUUUUCCCUAAAUAGUAUUUUAAGGGAGAGACAAGUCUUAAAAAUGUCCGAUUUAAAUUUUAAAAACACCCGUGGAAAACCCAUUCAUGCAGGAACGUUUGCAUUCCUGGCAAACUCUGCUGCCAGUCCUGCAGGAGCAGCCAGGUGAGCUCUGUGAUGGGGGGGCUGUCAGGGCCCCCUCACCCCAGUGAUUUGGUUUUGUGUGGGGCAGGACCAGCCUGGCAGAAGCAGGGAACAGCCAGGCAGCUCCACAAGUGUUUCCUCAUCCUGCCCUUGGAGCAGCAGCAGCCCAGUCCUGAGGUGACAAGGAGUCUCCCUAAAGCAAAAUUUAGGAUUCCUAAUGGAUUAGGAUUCCUAAUGUCAGGUUGCUACCUUCCCUCUCCCUCAGACUGGCAUCUGUCUGGGUUACAAAGCUGACAAUUGCUCAACUUCUCUCUCAGUGCGAGUCUAAAACCAAUAAAAACUCCCGUAAACGAGCAAGAUGUAAAUGUUUCCCUUUAGAGCACUUUCCAGCCUGCCCGUGGGGAGCAGACUCUGCUACAGCAGAGGCCUCAGAGCCCUGUUUGUGGUUUAGACCUGAACUUGGAGCAGGCUCAGCCCCUCCCUCCCAGUUCCCAGUGUGGGACUGGCUUCCCAGUGCCCGGCCCCAAAGCUCCUCCUCACGGCCGUCUGGGAUUUUCCCUGGGCCUUUGCUGCCACCACGCGGAACUGCUCAAUUAAUUAUCCGAGUUAAUUGCUCGGUGCAACCAGCCACGUGCGAGGACCCGGCCUCACCUGCAACAUCCCAUUUCUGCUGGCUUUUGUUUACAGCUUUUGGUUCAUUCCUGUUAAUAAAAUUUUUUAAUAAUC